AUGGCCAACGUGGCCACCAGAGAGUCCUGGUCCGGCCGGCCUGAGGAGGAGGGGGGAGCCGCCGAGAGGACCCCAUUGCUGAACGGAGCCGGUACCCCGAGACGGUUUUCUAGUUCAGUCCUGUUUCGUAUCGGGCAGCUGAGUACUGUGGACCUCGGAGAUGAAAAUCAGGAAGCGGAAACGGAACUUUCUUCCACGGUUCUCGAAGAAAUUCCUCACACUGAAAACCUGCUCUCGCUCAAAUAUGAGAGUUUGGAUUAUGACAACAGUGAAAACCAGCUGUUCCUUGAAGAGGAGCGAAGGAUAAACCAUACGACUUUCCGCAGUGUGGAAGUAAAGAGAUGGGGCAUCUGCGGAUUGAUCGGGAUACUGACUGGGCUUAUCGCUUGCUUUAUCGACAUCGCGGUGGAGCAGCUGGCCGGGAUAAAAUUCCAACUCAUUAAAAGCAAUAUCGAUAACUUUACAAAACAAGGAGGACUGUCUUACUCCUUGCUGCUGUGGGCAAGUUUAAACGCUGUCAUUGUCAUGGUCGGGUCACUAAUUGUCGCCUUCGUGGAGCCAGUGGCAGCCGGAAGCGGCAUUCCUCAGAUUAAGUGUUUCCUAAACGGUGUGAAAAUUCCACAUGUUGUACGACUUAAGACCUUGGUGGUGAAGGUGUCUGGAGUCAUAUUGUCUGUAGUUGGAGGAUUGGCUGUGGGUAAGGAAGGGCCGAUGAUUCAUUCCGGGGCAGUGGUGGCAGCUGGUAUUUCUCAAGGCAGGUCAACGUCGCUCAAGAAAGACUUUAAGAUCUUUGAAUACUUUCGCAGGGACACAGAGAAGAGGGACUUUGUGUCAGCAGGGGCGGCUGCUGGGGUGUCGGCAGCUUUUGGAGCACCAGUUGGUGGUGUACUUUUUAGCUUGGAAGAAGGAGCCUCAUUCUGGAACCAACUGCUGACAUGGAGAAUAUUCUUUGCUUCUAUGAUCUCCACUUUCACGCUGAACUUUGUCCUCAGCAUUUACAACCGCAAACCAGGUGACCUGAGCAAUCCCGGUCUCAUAAACUUCGGAAGAUUUGAUACAGAUGAAAACAGCUACAAGUACUUUGAACUUCCAAUCUUUAUUGGCAUGGGAGCAAUAGGAGGCUCGCUGGGAGCGCUGUUUAAUGCCUUGAAUAACUGGCUCACAGUGUUUAGAAUCCGGUAUUUACAUCGUCGCUACAUGCAGGUGAUUGAGGCCAUUUUGGUAGCAGCUGUGACAGCCAACAUUGCCUUUGUCUUGAUUUAUUCCUCCUCCGACUGCCAGCCACUGCGAGAGGGUUCUGGUGAAUACUCAUUGCAGCUCUUCUGCCCAGAUGGCCAAUACAAUGCUAUGGCAUCGGCCUUCUUUACCACUCCAGAGAUCAGCGUCCGCAGGCUGUUUCAUGAUCCCGCUGGUUCUUUCAACCCCCAGACUCUGGGCCUGUUCACAUUGCUAUAUUUCUUCCUGGCCUGCUGGACCUAUGGCUUGACUGUGUCUGCCGGUGUCUUUAUCCCGUCUCUACUCCUUGGAGCCGCAUGGGGACGACUCUUUGGAAUCCUGUUGUCCAGUCUUUCUACUGAAACUAUUGCAUGGGCCGAUCCUGGGAAAUACGCUCUGAUGGGAGCAGCCGCACAGCUAGGCGGCAUAGUACGGAUGACGCUGAGUUUAACAGUCAUCAUGGUCGAAGCCACGGGAAACGUCACCUACGGUUUUCCCAUCAUGCUUGUUCUCAUAACAGCCAAAAUAGUUGGAGAUAUCUUUGUUGAGGGUCUGUAUGAUCUCCAUAUCAAGCUGCAGAGUGUCCCAUUCUUGCACUGGGAAGCUCCAGUCACUUCUCAUUCUCUCACUGCUAAGGAGGUAAUGAGCACACCAGUCACCUGUCUACGACGGAAAGAGAAAGUGCGUCUCAUCGUAGACAUCCUGAGCGACACUUCAUCAAACCACAACGGAUUCCCGGUUGUAGAAAAUAGUUCUGGACAGCCACCACGAUUGUGUGGACUGAUCCUGAGAUCCCAGCUGAUCGUUCUUCUCAAACAUAAGGUGUUUGUAGAGAGGGAGAACAUGAGCCUAAAUCUAAGGCGGUUAAAGCUGAAAGAUUUCCGAGAUGCUUACCCCCGCUUCCCACCAAUCCAGUCCAUACAUGUGUCACAGGACGAGCAGGACUGUCUGAUGGAUCUCUCUGAGUUCAUGAAUCCCACACCAUACACGGUGCCCCAGGAAGCAUCAUUACCGCGAGUGUUCAAGCUGUUCCGUGCGCUCGGACUGCGGCAUCUGGUUGUGGUAGACAGUCAUAAUAGAGUUGUUGGUUUGGUCACUAGGAAAGAUCUCGCUCGCUACCGGAUUGGCAAAAACGGCCUUGAAGAGCUAAGCCUAGCACAGACGUGA